AUGGGAUCGCGUUGUUGUCGUGAGAAUAAAGAUAAAUUAAAGGCUGGUGAGGAAGAAAUUCAUAAUGUAAAACGGCCGACUUCACCGUCACAAGUCUCAAUGGCUGACAAAACACACGAAAGACUAAGUGUUGUUGCUAGCGCUAAGCUUACAGACGGGAAUCCUAAUAUAGCAGACUUGAGUGAUGUUAACAGACCUACAAAACUAGCUGAACAAUAUUCAGAACUUUAUGACAAUGAAUGGACUGACGCCUUUGGUGUAAUUAAAUGUGGAAACGCGGAAGAAGAUGCAUGCCGUAUUCUUUUAAGCAUGUUUUGUGUCAUUUACAGAGCUUGUAUCAAAAAAGCCGUAGAAGAUCGGGAUGCAGUGACAGAUGCCAUCAAGACUUUUCUCAAUGGGCAGCAGCCGCCGGUCGAGUUAUUAAAACAACUGAAAGACCAAAGAAAGAAAAAUACUGCAGGACAGCAAUCUAUAAUUAAACAGAAACGUACUUUACCCGAAAAAGAACUCCGAAAAGACCAUUAUGUUAAACGAUUUUUGAACAAGUGUAUAGGUUUGUGUUGGCUUAUGGCAGUUCAGGAUCCACCUGUACAUGUUGAUGUAAAUAUUGAUCGAUGUGAUGAACUGCAUGAUAGUACUUUGUACAAGCCUUAUACAAAAUCGGGUAUUUACAUAGAUUACAUAGUAUGGCCAGUAUUAUACUUGCACGAAAAUGGAAACAUUUUAAUGAAAGGCAUUGCUCAGUGUAAGGAUAAAAACAGCAAAAACAGUACUGUUCAGUCUCUAAGAACAACUAGAAGAAGGCGAAAGAGACACAAUAAUCAUAAUAACAAAAACAACGAGAUGUUUUAUCAAUUGGAAACUUUAGCUACUUCUACGACAGAGCCUGAUGUAAAAUCCGUAAUCAAGAAACAUGACGAGAAAUGCAUCGACAAUGAAGGCAAUCAGAUUUUGGACGACGCAAAAUCAAACAGUACCAAAUUAAAAAGGAAAUCAUUAAGUGGAAAGGUUAAAAAAAUGUUUUUGGAAAAAACAUCAAGCAAUGUCAUAAUCUUAUCUAGAUAAUAGGACGGAAGUCUUUGAUUUACCAUGGGAUACUAGUAAUCUCGUAGAAUCAAAGGAACACAGUGACGACGAUGAAACAUUGAUAUCAACAAGAACAAUGCAAGAUGGCAAAACCACGAAUAACAACAUACUUACAUAGGACGAUCCUACAAGCGAUGAGAAAAUAACAAAAGAACAAAUGGUGGAAAACGACACAAUGAAUAAAUUAAACCAUGUAGUAUGCUAGUGCAUGUCCUAAAUUCAUGUAAAAUUGAACUGAGGGGCUAUUUAGGAGCAAUGCCGUUAAAUUCUGAAGGUGAUAUUUCAAAAAACGUUUAUAUAUAUUGUUUAUAUACGCUUUGUCACAAAAAAGAAAACAAUGAAUGCAACUGGUAUAAGCUGUGACUUAUAAACG